AUGGGGCAGCCGGAAACAAUCGUCCAGUGUGAUGGUCACCCGCACUUCUUCAACCAGCUGUCCUGCGGCCUGGAUAUCAUUUCUCUAGCAGGAGAGUGGCUCACCGCGGCCGCCAACACCAACAUGUUCACGUACGAGAUAGCGCCCGUGUUUAUCCUCAUGGAGAACAUCGUGUUGGAGAAGAUGAGGAGCAUGAUCGGCUGGAAGACUGGCGACUCUAUUCUGGCUCCUGGCGGUUCCGUGUCGAAUUUGUACGCGUUCCUGGCCGCUCGCCACCGCAAGUUCCCGCAGUAUAAGGAGAAGGGACUCUCCAGCAUCCCGGGACAACUUGUCAUGUUCACCUCAGAUCAGUGCCACUACUCGGUGAAGUCGUGUGCGUCCGUGUGCGGCCUCGGCACCGACUACUGCGUAUGCGUGCCGUCCGACGAGCGCGGGCGCAUGAUCCCCGCGCAGCUCGAGCGGCUCGUCAGAUACCACAAGGACAAGGGGAACGUGCCAUUCUUCGUGAACGCGACAUCAGGCACGACUGUGCUCGGCGCUUUUGACCCACUGAUGGAGAUAGCGGACAUCUGCCAGAAGUACGACAUGUGGAUGCAUGUUGAUGCUGCCUGGGGAGGCGGUCUUCUGUUUUCCAAGAAAUACCGUCAUCCACGUCUUACAGGCAUCGAAAGGGCUGAUUCCGUGACAUGGAAUCCGCACAAGUUGAUGGGUACCCUGCUGCAGUGCUCCACGGUCCAUUUCAAAUACGAGGGUAUCCUGCUGAGCUGCAAUGCGAUGUCAGCUGAAUACCUGUUCAUGACGGACAAGAUCUACGACCCGCGGUACGACACCGGCGACAAGGUGAUCCAGUGCGGUCGUCACAAUGAUAUCUUCAAGCUGUGGCUGCAGUGGCGUGGAAAGGGUACCUCUGGCUUCGAACGCCUGAUGGACCGUCUGAUGGAGCUGUCGGAGUACAUGGUGCGCCGCAUCAAGGAGCAGCCCGACAAGUUCCACCUGAUCCUCGAGCCCGAGAUGGUGAACGUCUCCUUCUGGUACCUGCCGAAGCAGCUGCGCGGCAUCCCGCAUGACGCUAACAAGGAACUGCGGCUUGGAAGGUGAGGAAGGGUUUGCGCCAAGCUGAAGGGCAAGAUGAUGCAGGCCGGCACCAUCAUGGUGGGCUACCAGCCUGACGACCGUCGUCCUAACUUCUUCAGGAAUAUCAUAUCCUCGGCCGCCGUCACCGAGAAAGAUGUGGACUUCCUCCUGUCGGAGAUGGACCGUCUUGGCCAGGACAUUGUAGUCGAAUAAACUACUCUUAUGUCCAUAAAGUCCAGAGCAGCGGUGGAGACGGGCUUUCCUUGCGGUUUGUGAUACGGCGAAAUUAAAUAGCAUCUUUAGUAAAACGUAGUGACAUCUAGCGGCGA